GAGUAAGAGUAUUCGUUGGCAGCUGAUUUUAAUUUGCAGAAGAGAAGUAUGCAAUGUUCAAAGGAAGCUGUGGUUAGGUUGUUUUACAACCUCUCAAGCUCCUCCUUGCUUCUCCUUCUCUUCCUUUACUGCUCUUCCAUUUUGCUUUCCAAGUUCUUCUACUUCAUUGGAAGUUAUCCACUUAUUCAGAGGGAUCAUGAUGGAUACGAGUUUUCCGAGGAAGAGGAGGAGGAGGAGGAAGAAGAAUAUGGUGGUGAUAGGUAUAAUUAUAGGGUGAACUGCAUGGGAAGUGACCACCUGGUGGCAGACAUUAUUCAUGGUGGGGAAUCACUUGUAUUCCUAUCAGAAAAUAGUUUUUAUAGGACUCCAAAUUAUGUUGAGGAUGAUGAGCUGACAAGUGAAGAUCAAGAAUAUGGAAGCUAUUCCACCGAACAGUUGUCUGCUCAUUACUCAUCACCUUGUUCAGAUUCUGAACAUCAUUGUCAUGAUGACAAAGAAACGGAAUUGCUUGUUGAAGAUGAAGAGAUACCAACAAAAGAUGCGGACUCACUUCAAAACUUUGAUGUGAAUCAAGAUUGUCCAACCCACACCCCCAUGGACUCGCAAAUACUCACAGACCUAGACAAAAGUAAUCAUAAGGUCCACAGUGAAGAAGAUGAUAUUAGCAGUAAUCGAGAAAUCAAACAACGGGUAGAAACAGAUUUUUCAAGAUCAAGUGACAAGUAUUUUGUUAUUGGACCAAAGAAAUUGGAAUCUACCAAAUUACUAGUUCAUGACAAAGAUACAGAUGAAGAAAUCUAUGGAGACUCUUGCACGGUUGGCUCCACUUCUAAGAGCUCCUCUGAGUGGAGAAGCUCAAUAAAUUGCAGAGAUUCAGGGACUGAUGAUCCAUUUUCUUCUUCUUCAAGAAGAAGUUGUCCCAAGUGGGAGUCCUACACGGUUUUCCAAAAAUAUGAUGAAGAGAUGAUGUUCCUACACAGAGUUAGUGCGCAAAAACUCCAGGAAACAGAGUCACUAAGGUCCAUCCAAGCUUGCCCAAGGUCGAUAUCAGAAAGAAUAGUCCACAAGUUUGCCGCCAUGAACAAGAAGCCAUCAGAUAUCAGACACAACCCAUAUCAUGAACUAGAAGCUGCGUAUGUAGCUCAAAUUUGCUUAACAUGGGAAGCUCUUAAUUGGAAUUACAAAAAAUUUGAACGUAAAAGAGCUGCACGCAAAGAUUUUGACUGUCCCGCCGGGAUUGCUCAGCAGUUUCAGCAAUUCCAAGUUCUUUUACAAAGAUACAUUGAAAAUGAGCCUUAUGAACAGGGGCGGAGACCCGAGGUCUAUGUCAGGACGAGGCUGUUGGCACCCAAGUUGCUCUUGGUUCCUGAAUAUCGAGAUUACGAGGAUGAUCAAAGGGAUGAAGGUUUUGGCUCAAGAAUUUCAGCAGAUUCAUUUCUGGUGAUAAUGGAAGAUGGAAUCCAAACCUUCAUGAAAUUUCUCAAGGCAGACAAGGAGAAACCAUAUCAAAUCAUUAAAGCAUUGCUUGGAAGGAAGAGAAAAGGUUCACUUGACCCAACACUUGUCCGACUCGUGAAAAAAGUUAAUGCCAAAAAGAAGAUGAAGCUUAAAGACCUUGGCAGGGUUCACAAAUGCUUAAGGAAAGGGAAAAACAAGGUGGAGAAGAUGGAGAUAUUGAUGGGUCUAAUUGACCUAAAAGUGGUGUCAAGGGUGUUGAGAAUGAGAGAUCUAAGUGAACAACAGUUGCACUGGUGUGAAGAGAAGAUGAACAAAUUGAGGAUUUUGGAAGGCGGUCUCCAAAGAGAUUCCUCACCACUUUUUUUCCCUGCACAUUGACCCACCACCAUUUUAUUAUAUAUCAUCAUAUGCAAAUCUUGUUGCUUUGGUGACUAGAUUCUGACUCUGCAUUGCUGCACAAAAUGAAUAUCCUAAGCAAGCUUUUGUAAAUACGUAAUAAUGGAGAGAGAAGGGUCCUACAAAUCAAAGUUAACUGCAUGUGGGGGAUGACAUGGAAAUUGGAGAAAUGGGAAAUCCAUGCAAUGAAAGCAAGAGUAGUAAAGCAUAUGGUAUUGGUAGGACGCGUAAGUGGCUUUUUGGUUUAUUUUCAAAGUGAAAGACCAGACACAAAGCAAGGAACAUGAAGAUAUAUAGAAAGAUACUACAAUGGUAGCUUUAUUACUUUGCUUUUACUUUUUCUUUUAUAAAUUAAGUGGGGUUUAUCUAUUAGGAUUUGAGAGAGGGAGAUGAAUCAAAAGAUGAGAAGGCCUGAUGCUCAGCAAUAUGAACAAAUAGGGUUGCACAUGCUACACUCCCAAGGAUCCCCACUUUGGUCUUAGGUUCAAUAAGAUUUUAUAUUAGACUUCACAUUUAGAAACCCUGAAAUUUAUUUUGUUUAUGAGUGAAUAACUGUGCCAGUAUAAUAAAAGCUAUUAAGGUGGGAUAGGAUAGGAUUAAGUUAGCGCAGCCUCAAAGAUGUUACAUUAUCUUAGUGAGCAAGUUAAACAUUUCGCUAUCAAUACAGUGUUCUUUUCUCUGUGUA